CUUCUCUUCCCUCCCUAACUUCGCCAUCCGUUUCGAAACGCAGAGAAGAACGGAAGGAACAACUGAAGAAGCUCAACGAACGUUACUAACCCUAAUUAAGAUCUCUUGGGAAAACGGGAAUUUCAUUCUGAUUCGGAUUAGCGAGAGGAGUAAUUGUGAAUCUGCUUCUUCUUCUUCUUCUUCUUUCGACUGCUGUUCUCUCCUGCGAAUUUCCGUCACCAGCUUCUCGUCUUUCAAAUUCGGCGGGAUGUCGGACGCUUACUGUUCGGACUGCAAGCGGCAGACGGAGGUGGUCUUCGAUCACUCGGCGGGGGACACGGUCUGCUCGGAGUGCGGGCUCGUCCUGGAGUCGCAUUCCAUCGACGAGACGUCCGAGUGGAGGACCUUCGCCAAUGAGUCCGGGGACAACGAUCCCGUCCGUGUCGGCGGUCCGACGAACCCGCUCCUGGCCGACGGCGGGCUGUCCACCGUAAUCGCCAAGCCGAACGGGGCGUCCGGGGAUUUUCUCUCGUCGUCCUUGGGCCGUUGGCAGAAUAGGGGGUCUAAUCCUGAUCGGGGGCUGAUUAUGGCGUUCAAAACUAUUGCCACCAUGUCCGAUAGGUUGGGACUUGUUGCAACUAUCAAGGACCGGGCGAAUGAGAUAUUCAAGAGGGUGGAGGAUCAAAAGUCUAGUAGAGGAAGAAACCAGGAUGCCUUACUGGCAGCUUGCCUCUACAUAGCUUGUCGACAGGAAGACAAGCCGCGCACUGUAAAGGAAAUUUGCUCUGUUGCCAAUGGAGCCACAAAGAAGGAAAUUGGCCGAGCAAAAGAAUACAUUGUGAAACAGCUGGGACUGGAAACAGGCCAGUCGGUUGAAAUGGGAACAAUACAUGCUGGAGACUUCAUGAGGCGGUUCUGUUCUAAUCUUGGUAUGACUAAUCAAGCAAUGAAAGCCGCCCAAGAAUCUGUUCAGAAGUCGGAAGAGUUCGAUAUCAGGAGGAGCCCUAUAUCGAUCGCAGCAGCAAUAAUAUAUAUCAUAACGCAGCUUACAGAGGACAAGAAACACCUCAGAGACAUAUCAGUUGCGACGGGUGUGGCUGAAGGGACGAUCAGGAACUCGUACAAGGAUCUCUAUCCUCACGUGGCGAAGAUAAUACCCAGCUGGUACGCUAAGGAGGAGGAUCUGAAGAGCCUCUGCAGUCCGUGAUUCGGCUGCAGUAGUUUGGUUUUUGGUGUUCCGUGGUGAUGCGCCCUUUCUGGCAACUGAUCAUCCCUUUCAGUGUUAGGUCACUGGAAUUGCUCUUCGGAGUUGGGAGUCGGGUUGCCAUGGGAGGGAUUCUGUUGAGAUGUAGAAAAAGAGGCUGAAAUUGAUUUUUCUUAAACCCCAAGAAAAGAAGGGAGGAAAAAAGAAGAGAGAAAGGGGGAAAAAUAGAGAUGAGUUAAUUUUUUGCAGUUCAAUUCACAAAUAUGGAAGAAAGUAGUACUUUAGACGGAUGAAGAAUUGCUCUUAUUGCUCUUUAAUCUUUAUUAAGUUGAUGAAGAUUGGUGUUUUCUGUUACAUUAUUGUCCACAGUCCACACUGGUUUUGGAGUAUCAUUUCCAUAUGGAAGACACAAUGCAAUGUGACAGAUAAGAAUAACAAGGUGUUUAGUGAUUAUCUCAACAUUCUAUACUUCAUGUUGUUGAGGUGGAUAGGUAAUCGCGAAUUAUAUGCGGGUAAUCACUAUCGUAGUAGAGCAAUGUAUGUAUCGUUUCGAUGUUUUUGUUAAUAAAAAGUAAUAAAAAACGUCAUCGUAGUAAAACAAAUGUAUGUAUCUUCUAGGUUAGAUUCAAUUUGAUAAUGUCCAAUGAAAAAAAUGUUUGUAAAUCGUUAUCAUAGUCUACACAUAAUAUAAUAC